ACGUAGAGCGCGGAUCAAGUCGCUAAGCCCAGCCCUCCCGUCCGGUCCGCACAACCAACAACCAACAUUCUACUACUACGUACUACGUAGGCACGUCCGAGAAAUUUUCAUCGUCCACGUCCUCGCUUGAGAUCUUCGCCGCGUAGCUAAGCUAGCUUGCCAUGUUGCAGUUGCAUGCAUGCAGAGGGCUGCGAGGCUGUCGCCGCGGCAACGGCUACGGCUACGCCUCCUGUCCCUGUCCCUGGCCAGGGGCGUGGUAUUGUAUUGUUGGCUUUCUUGGCUUGGCUGGGUUGGAGGCUGUGUCGACGCCUUACCACUUGCGCGCUCCUGCUGGCUGGUCUGUGAUGCCAUGCUAUGGUAUGGGCGAUACAAUAGAAUACAGCAGCAACCUUCGCGUUCACACGCGCGCACGUUGUGGUGGUUAUGGUGGUGUUGGUUUUGGUGUUGGCGCAGUGACCACCAGGGCCUAGGUCCACCAAUCAGCCAACCAACCAGCGCGUCCGCGUCCGCGUCACAGCAAUCCGCGAAGAUAUGCAAGACGCACUCGCAACGGCAACGACCAGCCAGACAGACUUACCACGUACGUAGUAGGCAAUUACCUAGGCAGAGCUAGUUCGUCGCCAACAAAAAAGCCGGGGCGACGGCAAGACUCCCUCUCUCCACACUGUAUUGUACAUCCGUACCCGCUGCUACUAACUUGCUGCAGUCUAAAGUCGGCUGGCGCCCGGCUACCGACGGAUGGAUUACCACGUACGUACGGCUUGCAGAUGACAGAUGCCUGAUAGCGUAAGGUCUGUACUAUAC